AUGACUGUUCCUGAGCCUAGUGAAGCUGUCAAAUUGCGGGCGUUGAUUCCAAGGCAUCCUGGUCGUUGUCGUCGUCGUCGUGAGAUGCUUCGCGCGCGUGCGCUCAUCUCCCGCGGGCCUCAAUCUCCAGAAAUAGGCCGUGCCAGCAGGGCCAGGCAGCUCACCGGUGCCGCCACCAACCCUCCUGGCUGUCUCCAACCUGACCUGGCUGCAAUUUCCCAGGGCGCCGCCAUUGGCUCCAGGCCCUCAGAUGAGAUGCUCUUGCGGCCUAGCGGGUCAAAUUCAGGUACCAAGGCAGAGUAG